AUGGCGCUGGACGCCGGCGACAUGGAAGAUGGGCAGCUUUCCGACUCGGAUUCCGACAUGACGAUCGCGCCCUGCGAGCGGCCGCUGCCGGUGCCGAAAGCACUAGUUGGGGACAGUGCGGUGAGGCCCUUCCAGGGCACUGCAGCAGCCUAUGCACCAGUGUCACAUUAUCGGACUGUUAAAGGCGUAGACUCCAGUGAAGAGAGUUUUUCUGAUUCAGAUGAUGAUACCUCUCUAUGGAAACGCAAGCGACAGAAGUGUUUCAACCCUCCUCCCAAACUAGAGCCUUUUCCAUUUGGCCAGGGUAGCCAGAAACCACCUUUUGGUGGAGGGAAGAAGGUUAACAACAUCUGGGGUGCUGUGCUGCAGGAGCAGACUCAAGAUUCGGUGGCCAAUGAACUUGGUAUCUUGGAAAUGGAAGGCUCUAUUGACAAAAGCAGACAAUGCGAGGCUUACAAUUAUUUGCUUGCUAAGAAACUUAAGAGGGAGUCUCAAGAACAGACAAUAGAAUUAGACAAAGAGCUAGAUGAAUAUAUGCAAGAUGGCAAGAAAACAGGCCCAAAGGAAGAGGAAAAUGGGCAAGGUCAUCUCAAAAGGAAACGACCUGUCAAAGACAGACUGGGGGACAGACUGGAAAUGAACUAUAAAGGCCGGUAUGAGAUCACAGAGGAUGAUUCUCAGGAGAGAGUGGCUGAUGAAAUUACUUUCAGGUUGCAGGAACCAAAGAAAGAUCUGAUAGCCCGAGUAGUGAGUAUUAUUGGGAACAAAAAGGCAAUUGAACUUCUGAUGGAAACUGCUGAAAUAGAACAAAAUGGUGGCCUUUUUAUAAUGAACGGUAGUCGAAGAAGAACACCAGGUGGAGUUUUCCUGAAUCUCCUGAAAAACACUCCUAGUAUCAGUGAGGAACAAAUUAAGGACAUUUUCUACGUUGAAAAUCAAAAGGAAUAUGAAAAUAAAAAAGCUGCCAGGAAGAGGAGAACACAACUGUUGGGGAAAAAGAUGAAGCAAGCCAUUAAAAGUCUGAAUUUUCAAGAAGAUGAUGAUACAUCACGAGAAACUUUUGCAAGUGACACAAAUGAAGCCUUGGCCUCUCUCGAUGAAUCACAGGAGGGACAUGGAGAAACUAAGUUGGAUGUAGAGGAAGAUAUUGAGGUUGAUCAUUCUCAUGAUUUAGACAUUUUUUAG